GAGAAAUGCAGUCCUCUCUCCUCCGGACAGCGUGGCAUCGGUUCCCACCGCAGGAUCCCGAUCUAACCGCCCACAUCCCCCUCCCCCUCGCCACGUCGACCGCCGUGCCCAGCUUUAAUUGCCUUCUCCGCCGCCGCACGCCGUCGCCGUUGUGCUCUCGGUCUCGUUCGCCGCGUACGACCGCAGUCCGCAGCUAGCCAGCCAACGUAGUACUCGGGUGCGGGGUCGGGGUCCGCGACGCGACCGAUGGCGGCGCGGCGGAGCAGGGGCUGGGCGCGCGGCGCGGCGGCGUUCGCGGCCGUGGCGCUGGCGGUGGGCGCUGGGCGGAGGUACGGGUGGGACGGCGCCUCCGCGGUGGCGGCGUUCCGCGAGGCCCGGGGCGCACUGGGGCCCUGGGCGGCGCCGGCCUACGUUGCCGCGCACGCGCUCACGCUCGCGCUCUGCCCGCCCUACGCCAUCUUCUUCGAGGGCGGCGCCGCGCUCAUCUUCGGAUUCCUGCCAGGCGUCGCGUGCGUCUUCUCCGCCAAGGUCCUCGGGGCCUCGCUCUCCUUCUGGAUCGGCAGGGCAAUUUUCAGAUACUUCACUUCAGCAAUGGAAUGGCUACAGAGGAACAAGUACUUCCAUGUUGUUGUUAAAGGGGUUGAGCGGGAUGGCUGGAAAUUUGUAUUACUUGCUAGGUUCUCUCCUUUGCCUUCCUACAUCAUCAACUACGCUCUAUCCGCCACGGAUGUUGGAUUUUUCAGAGAUUUUCUCCUCCCCACAGUUAUCGGCUGCUUACCAAUGAUACUACAGAAUGUGUCCAUUGUAAGCCUUGCCGGUGCAGCAGUGGCCUCGACCACAGGAUCAAAUAAGUCCCAUGUAUACUCAUACCUGUUUCCAGCGAUAGGCAUUGUGUCCAGUGUUCUCAUCUCAUGGAGGAUUAAGCAGUAUUCCUCUGCCCUUGCUAUUCCUGAAGAGAUGAAAAGUUCACCUACUAAUGGAAAUUCCAAUGGCGAUGCUAAGCUGGCUUCGGCAGCAUCCAAAAAUACUAGCUCUGGGAAAACUAGGAAGAGAAGGUGACUCUUUUUUUAAAAAAGUAACAGCAGGAACUCUGCCAUUCAUUAAGGGGAUAAAGAGGAGUUAUAUAUACAGAGUGGGCCAAAAAAAAGGCAAGCAAACACACAGCCAAACUGUGGAGCAAACUGUACACAGGGGGCUUCAGUCCGGCAGUAGAGCCUAAUGACUAGGUGUUGUGAAAGGCCUUCUAUAUUGCACUAGAUCAAGUAUCCCCCUUUACUCACUAUGUACUACAUUGUGAUACCGAAUACCAAGCAGAUACAGUUGAUGCUAGUCAAAUAUUUGGAUUUCCACAUUGGUUUAUCACUACUGUAAGCUAUCUUGUCUGUUACAUGCCAUCAGUUUUUUUUGGGGCAUUUAACAGGUGCUCACUUUACCUUGUUUGUCAUUGUGCUUGUCUUCUGGCUGAUAAUAUCAUAAA